CCCCGGGCUAGUUCCUUUGAAAAAAUGUUUCUUCUUCCAAGUUCUCCGCUUCCAGGAACAGGAACUCAUGGGAGUCAACAUAAACCUAAUUGGCUUAUGGAUUUAGGGGAGAAAGGGUCAACGGUCAAGAUCAUUAGACUGAGGCUUGGUCGUUUUGGCUUAAAUAGUAAUUUACAUAUUGUGGGUAAAGAUUCAGCUGGGCAGUGUGAGACCCUGAAGCAAUGAAGCAUCUUUUCCUAGAAUGUGCCAAGUACAGCAAGGAAAGUGUUUUUUAAAAUUUAAUAAAUAAAUAAAAGUUGUAUUAGAUGUUUCUUCUUUUUCUUUAAAAUCCUUAUUUGACCUGAAGAAUGAGAACCACCAGCUGAUUACAAGGGCAGUGUUACAAUUCUUACAUGAUUCAGAGCUGUAUCUGCGGAUUGAAUGAAGGACGAGGUUGAUUUUGUAUUUCUUUCUUCUUUUUUUCCUUAAUUGUAGUUGAAGCAUAGUAUCUGAAGAGGGCAGUACGACGCCAUGUAUGGUUUUACACUACCGGAAAUAUGAAAGACUAGUUGUUUGCAGCACAAAUGUGAUUUCCUUCCAGUGGACAUCGGCGACUCCCACGUCUGUUGCUCGGGCAGCAGGAGCAGGAGCGCGACCUUUCCCACGUUCGCUAAGCAACAAGACCCCCAAGUCUGCCUUACACGUCCAUUUUCAUGGCCGUCGGACGUCUGCGUGGGCUCUCACGGUGGCUUCGAGCAGGUAGACACAGCUCCUUGAUGCACUGGUCCCAGAUCCCAGUGUGCUCCCCGUCGGCGUCUCAUUCUCCCUCGGCGACGUUUCGUGAUGCCAGCAACAGCAGCAGACGUGUGGGCAAGGCACGCGGAGAGCAAAAUGGAGCCCGCAGCAAUGAAGACGGUGGCGACGACGACGAAGAAGACUCAAUCAUGGAGGAAGUAGAAGACAAACUCUGCGCUUUGCUGGAAGAGGGUAUAAAGAGGCAGAAGACUAUCAAAUACAACAUAAUGCGCAGGAAGAUGACGCCGUCAGGCGCUCCGGAGAGGAACUUGACUUGGGAGGCCAUGGAGACCAUCAGGUAUCUAAACCGAGAGCAUCCAGAUGAGUGGACAGUGGAACGUCUGUCUGAAGGCUUCUCGGUCAGCCCCGCUGUGAUUCGAAGGGUGGUCCACAGCAAGUUCAGCCCGGCGCCUCACAGGAGAGCUGAGCAGGAUGCCAAGGUGACGUCCAGGCUCCAGCGUGCAGCAUUGUCUGCGGGUGCGACCGGGAUAGAGCAAAGUCGACCGGAUCUGCAAGCGGGACGCUCCGUACGCCAGCUCUCGUCUCCUGGAAAACCGGAAGCUGCUUUGGUUCCCGUGACUGCAGGUAUGGAUGAAGCUUCAGUUCUCGUUACCAUUCCGGUGACGACACAGAAAUGGCACAAAGAUGCUGCAGCGACCACAAUAUGGCCGGCACAGGAUGGCUCAGCUGGCGCGGAUCCAGCAGAGGUGCAAGAUGAGACGUGGGAUGGACAGGUGUUGUCCGAGGAAGAGCUUGAUGAGUUUAAGGACAUUAAGUCUGUGCCCGUGCUGCGAGUUGGAAAUGAUUUCUUUGAUGAAAAUGGACAUUUUUUGUACAGAAUAUAAUGAGCACAAGAAACACUGGAUGCAACAGAUUUCAAUGUAAGCUAAUAAAGAUCAUGUGAAAUACAGUA